AUGGACCAGCCUGGCUAUCAAAGUGGUGGGAGUAGGCGUGGUUACAACCAAUCUGGGCAUGGCUAUAACCAAGGUGGGCGUGGCUACAACCAAGGUGGUCAGGGGUACAACCAAGGUGGCCGUGGCUCCUGGAGAGGAGGGCGUGGUUCUUGGAGAGGAAGAGGCAAUUAUAGAGGAUAUCAAGGUAAAAGCAACACCAUAGCCACUCAGCGACCUAGACUCGUACAGACCAAGAUUGACAGCAAUUGUCAAUAUAGAGGAUGGGACCUGUAUUUUCCAAAUGAAGCUCAUUCAGACAUGUCUCCCACUGUGCAAAGGGUAAAGGUGUUUGAGAAAUAUAUGCAGACAUGGAAAGCACUUUUUAACUUUCGUGACAUUGAGACCAGAAAAUGCUUCACAGUUAGUUUUAAGGACCUGAUGAAUGAUCAGAUGAUUGCAGAAGGUCUUCCUAACUUUAAAGCAGAAAUGAAAUCCAUGCCUGAAACAAUACUUAGUUGUCUUGGCCUUGCUAUGCAUCAGAUGAUGAUCAAAGAAUUUGAACAUGAAGCCAAAGAAGCAGCAGACUGUAUGACUCCAUCUAUAGUAGGGACCCCUGGUGUGCAACCUUCAAGAGCAGAGCCACCUAUUGAGCAUGAACCAUACCAUUUGUCAUUAGUUCAUGCAAGGAUGGUCAACUAUGAACCAAUAGUUGCUCUUAAAAAUCUCAAAGCUAAUUAUUAUGGCAAGUUUGUAUCAGUAAAAGGCACAGUAGUGAGAGUUGGGAACAUCAAGCCUUUAUGUACCCGUCUUGCCUUCCAGUGCAACUCAUGCAACACAUUACAGGUUGUUUCUCUGCCAGAUGGCAAGUAUGUGCAGCCCUCUCAGUGUGCCAGUACAGAUUGCAGAGGAAGACAGUUCAUUCCCAAGAGAAGUUCCAGUCAGACUGAGACCAUUGAUUGGCAGACUAUAAGAGUGCAGGAGAUAGUGACAGAAGACCAUAGAGAGUCUGGUAGGAUACCUAGAACAGUUGAUCUAGAGCUGACCUAUGAUCUAGUUGACAGUUGUGUUCCUGGAGAUAUGGUGACAAUAUCUGGCAUUGUCAAGGUCCAAAGUUCUGAUGAAGGACGUGGACGACAGAGCAAGGACAAGUGCAUGUUUUUGCUAUACAUUUAUGCCAACUCAGUUCAAAAUAGCAAAGGAGAGAAGAAAUCUGAUAGCAAAUCUGCAGGUGUUGCUAUGGACUUCACAAUGAAGGAACUUUAUGCCAUUGAAGAGAUCCAGAGUGAGGCUAACCUCUUGAAACUUAUCACUGCGUCAUUAUGCCCAUCCAUAUAUGGGCAUGAAAUGGUUAAAGCGGGUCUUGUGCUUGGUCUAUUUGGUGGAUCACAGAAGUUUGUCAAUGAUAAGAAUCGAAUACCAGUUCGUGGUGAUGCCCAUAUCCUGGUUGUUGGAGACCCUGGUCUUGGAAAGAGUCAGAUGCUGCAGUCAGUGGCCAAUGUUGCUCCUAGAAGUGUAUAUGUCUGUGGGAAUACAACUACAACAUCAGGCUUAACAGUGACAUUAUCGAAAGACAAUGCUGGUGGAGAUUAUGCCUUAGAAGCCGGUGCCCUCGUUCUAGCAGACCAGGGAUGUUGCUGCAUUGACGAAUUUGAUAAAAUGACCAGCCAGCACCAGGCCUUGCUAGAAGCUAUGGAGCAGCAAAGCAUUAGUAUUGCAAAGGCUGGUAUAGUCUGCAGUCUACCUGCUAGGACAGCAAUCAUCGCUGCAGCUAACCCUGUUGGUGGACAUUAUAAUAAAGCUAAGACUGUCUCAGAGAAUCUCAAACUUGGCAGUGCACUGUUGUCAAGGUUUGACCUUGUGUUUAUUCUACUGGACAGACCAGAUGAAGAGAUGGACAGUCUUCUCUCAGAACAUGUAAUGGCGCUGCAUGCUGGCAGAAAACAAUCACUUGGCAUUGCUACAGCCAGACGAUCAGGCCCAUCCAAUGAUGAAGAUGACGAGACUAAGAGACAAUGGGAGGCCGAUAAACCACUUUCUGAAAGAAUCAAAGUACAAAGGGGUGAACCCAUAGACCCCAUCCCACCCCAGCUUCUUAGAAAGUAUGUUGGAUAUGCCAGAAAAUAUGUCCACCCCAAGAUCAGCCCUGAGGCAGCCAGCAUAUUACAGAAUUUUUAUCUGGAGUUGCGGAAGCAUCACCAAACCCAGGACAGUACCCCUAUAACCACAAGGCAGCUAGAAUCUCUCAUUAGACUUACUGAGGCGCGUGCAAGGUUGGAACUUCGUGAAGUUGCUACGGAAUCUGAUGCCAUUGAUGUUGUGGAUAUUAUGAAAUACAGCAUGAUGGACACAUUCUCUAAUGAACUAGGUUUCCUAGACUUUCAGAGGUCUCAGCAUGGCUCAGGCAUGAGUAGCAGGUCUCAGGCUAAGAAGUUCAUAGCAGUUCUACAGCGAGUUUCAGAGCAGACAUACAACUCUCUCUUCACAGUGCAGCAGAUGAGACAGAUCGCUCAGGAAGCUAAUAUCCAAGUAAGGGCGUUUGAGGAGUUUGUGUCGUCAUUGAAUAAUCAGGGAUUCCUACUGAAGAAAGGUCCAAGAGUAUACCAGCUACAAACUGCUGAUUGCUGACCAUACAAAAUAAACUCUGUAAAUUCUAGUCUCAAAACAGUCAAGUUUUUGGCUUAUAUGCCAUGUACCCUGAGUACAGAGUACAUUUAUUUAUAGACUGUUCCUAUUUCACACAUUUUGUUUCUACUGAUGAAGCAGUAUUGAUUGUGUACAAAUGUUUAAAUCAUAGAUAUAUUUUCAAAUAUAGUACAUUGAAAUUAUCUAGUACAUUUUGAUUGUUCGUGAGAUCUGAUUCAAUUUUUGAUCAUCCAUGUUACAGACUGACAGAUGAAUAAACAUAAGGGAGCUCACCCCUCUUGAACUCACGACCUCAUGGUUACGACAUAGCACCUAAUAUUAGCUUGUGUAGCACUCUAGACCACUCUCCGCUUACAUGUUAUCAAACAGAGUUGACCUCAAUUAUGG